AAAUGUGCUAAUCCCUGUCAGUUGUCUCCGUUGCUGUUAGGCUAUGUGAUCUGUCCCUAACUCCAUUCUCUAUUUUUGUGCUUCCUUGUGCUGCCAAGCCCCUGACGUAAUGCUUCGUGUUAAUUAUUAGCAUGUGGAAAGCAAUGCCGAGACUCGCCUGUGGUAAAACAAGAGUAGCAUAACUGUAGGGAGAAUAGUUAGUCAAGAUGGCAAAACACACAGAUCCGGAGUGAAGGGGCACCGCUCCCCGUCCUGCGACCAAAACAACCGAUACAACCGUGCCUGGAAGUCUAAGGGGGAUCCCUGUGGAAAAUGGCAACAAGGGUAAUGCUGGUGUGACAGCGCGGAGUGCAGGAAGAAAGCUGACUCUCCCGUCUGACUGUUAACCCCUGCCCUUUGGCAGAUGCACCAAGGAGAGCACCUUGCUCCCCUCAAGCUGAAGCUACACUUGCAAUGCUUAAAGCCCGGAUGAUGAUAUGCCACUUGAACUAAGCACACCUACUGCCGUCCACUCAACAUCAACAACAGAAACAGGCAAAGAGAAGAGCACAACCAACCCUAGAAAGCCAGAGGAACACAACACAAGCUUUGACCAAAGUUGAACCACCACAGCACCAAGACCUCCGUUAACCUAAUUCUCUCGUGACACCGGGGGGGGGGUUCACUCUAACUGGUUUCCCCGUUCUGCUUAGUGCCUGUUCCCCAGACCAUGAUGUUUCGCGACCAGGUGGGUGUCCUGGGAAGCUGGUUUAAGGGAUGGAAUGAGUGUGAGCAGACGGUGGCUCUGCUGUCGCUGCUGAAGCGGGUGUCGCGGACCCAGGCCCGCUUCCUGCAGCUGUGUCUGGAGCACAGCCUGGCCGAGUGCACCGAGCUCCACGUGUUGGAGGGGGAGGCCAAUAACCCAGUGGUGAUCAGCCAGUGGCAGGGCGAGCCCAAGGAGCGUGUCAUCUCCCUGGUCCUCACCCACCUGCCCCUGCUCAAGCCGGGCAACGUUGAAGCCAAGGGCGAGUACAUGCGCCUUCUCCCCCGCAUCUUGGCGCACACCAUCGACCAUGGCCGCCACCUCGAAGAGUCACGCCAACUCCUCUCCUAUGCCCUCAUCCACCCGGCCACCUCGCUGGACGACCGCGCUGCCCUCGCCCUCUGGCUCAACCACCUGGAGGAGCGCGCCGCUGCCCGGGGCGACUCGUUGGAACGGCCACCCCCCGUCCCGGCCUCACUCCAUCAGACGCCCCCCUCGACACACUCCUUGUCAGGGUCCAGUUGGAGUUCCUCAGGGAGCCACCUGGGUCAGCUAUACCACCACCAGCGCUACGGCUCGGAUGAUAGGCUCAACGGCUGGCAGGGGUCCAGGGACUCGGGAUUGGGCAGUGGUUGGCACCAACAGCAGCAGGGGCAUGGAGGGUGUGAGAAUGGCGGGCACCUGGCGCUCUACCCGUCCUCGUCGGUGCCUGGGAGUAUCAACACGGUUGGCACGGGCGGCAGCAUCCUGUCCGGCGGUGGCGGCGGGCAGCACAGCCCCCUGAAGCGCUCGGUGUCCCUCACCCCCCCGAUGAGCGGCAGCUCCUUGGCCAGUUCCUCCUCCUCGUCGGGCGGCCAAGCCCUGGGCCUGGGUCUGGGUCAUGGUUGGCUCUCCCAGGAGGACCUGCGCGGUCCCCGGGGAGGAGGAGGAGGAGGAGGAGGAGGAGGGCUGGGGCUGGCCCCCACCGACCCUCACCACGCUCCCCUCUCCCCUCAGAACAGCGUAGCGUCGUCAGGCAGCGGCGGCAGUGAGCACCUGGAGGAUGGAGGAGGCUUGCACCGCAGCAGCACAUUCCACGAGGAGGGCAGCUGCAUGAGGGUCUUUCCCUUAGAUUAUUGUCCAGGCGUGGCGCAAAGGCCCCCAAAGCAACAUCCAGGCCCUCUGGGGACCAACAGAGUUGGGCAGGGGGGCCUGCCCCAGCUUUACAAUGAUGUGCCAGCCUGGCUGAAAAGCCUCCGUCUCCACAAAUAUGCGGCGCUCUUCUCCACCAUGACGUAUGACGAGAUGAUGUCACUGACCGAACAGCAGCUGGAAUCACAGAAUGUCACCAAAGGGGCACGGCACAAGAUAGUGAUCAGCAUUCAGAAACUGAAGGAGCGUCAGAAAAUGCUGCGUUGCCUAGAGAAGGAUGUGUUGGAGGGCGGUAACCUGCGUGGCCCUCUCGCCGAGCUCCACCAGAUGAUCCUGACGCCCAUCAAGGCGGUGGCCAGCGAUGAGUCGUCCCCCAGCUCGCCCUCCUCGACCGCACACAGGCCCCUAUUGAGCCCAGAGGGGAAGAGCAGCGCCGCCCCGGGAGGGGAAGGGGAGACGGGGACCACCCUCAUCGCUGAGGGGGACAUCCCCGGCCAGUUCACCCGCGUCAUGGGCAAAGUUUGCACACAGCUCCUGGUGUCCAGGCCGGACGAAGAGAACAUCAGCUCCUACCUGCAGCUCAUUGACAAGUGCCUUCUUCACGAGGCAUUCACGGAGACGCAGAAGAAGCGACUGUUGUCGUGGAAACAACAGGUGCAGAAGCUGAUCCGUUCGUUCCCUAGGAAGACACUCUUGGACAUGGCCGGCUACCGGGCGCAGAGGAGCAGUAGCCGGGGCUUCAGCCAGUCCAAUUCUCUCCCUACGGCGGGCUGCGUGGGGGGCAGCAGCAGCGUGUCGGCGGCCCGUCGCAGCCUGCGCCAGUUCCAGAUGCCUUCACGGAGCCUGCCCGGUGCCAGGCCGGGCCUGCUGGGACCCACGCCACAUAGCACCAGCAGCACCCCCACUGGCCUCAAGCAGGGACGACAGGGUCUUUGGUUCGCCAACCCCGGGGGCAGUAACAGCAUGCCCAGCCGAACCCACAGCUCAGUGCAGAGGACCCGCUCCCUGCCUGUCCACACCACGCCACACACCAUGGUCAUGUUCCAGCAGUCUGAUCUUCAGGUGCCGGUGACUGAACCAGACAUCAACAACCGGCUGGAGUCUCUGUGUCUGAGUAUGACGGAGCACGCUCUGGGAGAUGGAGUCGACCGCACAUCCACCAUCUGAGAGGAGGACCUGAAGGAGACCAGGAGAGACUGAGCUGGUCCCAGGAGGCUCGCCGAACACCCAAAAUCCCCCCCCCCCCCCACCCCACCUGCCCAUCAGGUGCCCCCACAGCCAAUGGGAGAGGUCAACCAGGGGGGUGGGCGAGCUCCAAAUCACGCCACGAUUAAACAGCAGUAAAUUGGCAUGUUACCAUCUCGACAAAACACAGCUAUGCCCCAGCACCCUCAUAAGAAUCUGGGCUUCAGUGACAGAUAAGAAAGGCAGUACAGACUCCUCUCCUCACAGUGUCGCACCCAGUAUAACUACCCACAACAGUGCCUGAGGAGUGCACUCUGCCGAGCUGUGGGAGAUAUACUGUAGCAUCACUUGGGUCGGCAUCAGCCAACAACCGAAUGGCCCUGGGCUAAAAUGGGGAGGGUUGUGCAUUAUGGGUACUGUAGUACAUGCUACAGAGUUCCAGACUCUGUUCCCUUCUCUACCCUCACCUCCAGUCCCAGUUACAGACCAGUAACACAAUUCCCACACCAGUUCACACCAGUCAGCAUUUCUCCCAGUGUCACUGAGCCAAAAACAAACAAGCCAAG